AUGGACAAGAUGCUGGAAGCCAUGGACAAAAAACAUGUAACAGCCUUCAUUUUAUUGGACCUGUCUAAGGCAUUUGACAGCAUCAAUCAUACUAUCCUAUUGCAUAACUUAAAAUGCGUAGGAGCGUCUCCGCUAGCCAUUCAAUGGUUUCAUCAUGAAAGCUAUCUGUCAGGCAGACCACAAUACGUACGAAUAGGAUCAACUGUUUCCUCAACUAGCGCACUAACUCAUGGAGUGCCCCAGGGCUCUAUUCUUUCAACAUUUUUGUUUGGAAUUUACGUUGAUGAUCUACCAGCUGUAACGGUUUCGAGUGAUCUCGAUUCCUACGAUGACGAUUCAAAACUCCAUCUUGCAAUGGCUAAACUAGGAAACGAUCUGUAUAAAACCGCUAAAUGGUGCUUGGAACAUCAAUUAUUAAUCAAUCCUGACAAGACCAAAUUCCACUUAGAAGACACAAUAUCAAUGCUACAGAAUUUACCAACACAAAUCAAUCUGAACUUCCUCAGAAAAACUCUUAAACCAGUUUCAGUUGCCAAAGACUUGGGGAUGCACCUUGAUUAACAUCUCUCCUAUGAUGACCAUAUUUCUAAACUGUCGUCAACGUGCGUAAACAAAUUAUGCCAUUAUUGUCGAGUAAAGGAGAGCUUUGAUAAAAAAAUACUUUAAUAUUACUUAUUGAAGCUUUGGUGAUUUACAGGUUGUUAUAUAAUUCUUCGGUGUGGGCUAAUACCUCAUCGAAAAAUCUAAAUAAAUUUCAAACAGUUCAGAACUUCGCAUGCCGAAUCAUCACGAGUAUUAAAAAUUUUGACCAUGUAACACCAGGUCUUCAAGAACUUAACUGGCUAUCCAUUGAAAACUUACUUAUUUACAAAGACACAAUAAUGGUUUAUAAAUGUCUGAACAACAUUGCGCCAAGUUACCUUGCAAAUAAAUUCACAAAGCGAUCUGAUAUUCAUAAUUGUCAGAUUAGAAAUGACUACAGUUUAAAUAUUCCAAGCUAUAAAACUGCUGCAGGGCAAAGAAGAUUUCAUUAUCGCGCAGUUAAAAUAUGGAACGAUAUUGAUGAUGAAAUGAAAAAGAUUCCAGAACUCAAGGGUUUUAAGAAAAAACUAAAAGAACGUCUUCUAAUUAAUUAAAUUCUUAGUAUCUUGUAUAUGAAGGUUUUAAUAGACAAUCGUAACUUAGAUUUUGAAUAGUAUAGUAUAGCUUUAUUUUAAAUUGCAUAUUGUAAUUGUAUGCUGAAAAGCCCUUUUGGGGAACAUACAAAGUUUUUAAUAAUAAUAAUAGUAAUAAUAAUAAUAAUAAUAAUAAUAAUAAUAAUAAUAAUAAUAAUAAUAAUAAUAACAAUACUAAUAAUAAUAAUAAUAUUUUAGAUUUGCCCAUGCAGCCUAUUCUUUCUGGUUUAAUUAAGCAGCUAAAGUUAUUAAUAUUGUUAGAAUUAGAUAGCUUAAGAUCUCCGACGUCGACGUCAGCUAGGACGCCAGGGCUAAGCAGGGGACUGGGAUUAGGACGUCGUCCUAAGUAAAUAAACUUCCAUUUAAGGUUCACGACGUAGACAUUUAAACUAUAAAUGUUCACAUUCUUUUGAAAAUGAAUUUAAUAGACACAUGUGAACCAUUACCCUUUGUUAUGCUCUUGUAUUUACGACGUUAAAACUCUCGUAGUGAGGUUGUCGACGUUUGGUGGAGAGAGACACAUGCACACUUCAAAAACUAUUACCAAUUUACUUCCGCUUGCCGCCCUAAAUAUUUGGCGACGUAUAUACUUGAGCUAUCGACUUAUUUAGGACGAUGUCCUAGUCCCAGUCCUCUGCUUAGCCCUGACGUCUUAGCUGACGUGGACGUCGUAGAUCUUAAGCUAUCUAUUAAUGACGCUAUUGUUACGUGGACACCACGCGUGUGUCACACUAUUCUGUGAGCACUGCAUAGAAUAUUAACGACUUUUGCGGUUGUUCUGAGUUUAGCGAAUUGAGAAGUGAAAUAUAAGUUUUAAAAGUUUUUUUUAUUUAAAAAAAGUUUAGUUCAAUAAUUUGAGUGUACUUUAAGUGGUCCUUCGAACCGAAUAUUUCUACUGAAAAGAGUAAAAAAGCAAUUCGAAGAGGAAAUGAAGCUUUCAUAACGAACGUUUAUUCAGACGGCAAAUGACGGCAUUGAAAAGUUUCAUGAAACUCAGACGGAAAAAGAUGCAUUGAAGAGUUUUAAAAGCACGUCAGUCGAUAAGAAAGAAUCCACAAGAAAGCUUGAUGAAGCUAUUCUGAAUGAAAUUGAAGAUGAAGCGAAGAUUAUGGAAGAUAUAUUUCAGGCUGAUGAAGAGGACGAGUCGAUCAAUAAAAUACUUGUUAAAAUUGACAAUGUUUUCAAGACAAUUGAAGCGAGAAUUCGAAACGUGUCCUCGCCAGGAGGACUGGGUACGAUCAUGUCUAUGGCGUAA